AGCGGAAAUGAGCUAUAUAGAAGGAGGGGAAAAUAGUCAGGAAGGUCUGAAGUCUGAUAAAUUAACAGUCUGGAAUCUGUACACGCAAUUACAAUCAGCAGUAUAUUCCAAAUGGCAACACGAUUGUUUGAGGGAAAAUCACAUGCAUCACACUACCAAAAAUACAGGUUGUCUCCUCCACAGAAAAUCCAAGAUCUGAUCCUCAAUUAUCUAGGCAAUAGGCUAAAAAAGCCAUUUGGACUUGCAGUAGAUGUUGGUUGUGGAACAGGGCAAACUUCCAGAUCUCUGGUUCCUUAUUUUCAAAAGGUUUUGGGGACAGAUAUAAGUGAAGCCCAAAUAGAACAGGCCAAUCAUGCAGAUGGUUUUCCAAACUUGGUCUACAGAGUUUCUGCAGCAGAGGAAAUUCCAGCAGAGAAUGCAUCUGUAGAUCUAAUAACUGCGUGUGCUGCUGUCCACUGGUUUGAUAUUGAAAAGUUUCUAAAAGAGGCUGAUCGAGUACUGAAACCUUGUGGUUGCCUUGCAUUUUUUACCUAUCUUCCAAAUAUGGAGGUCCAUUACAAACACCAAUCACAGCAGCUUACACAAGUCAUUACUGAGCUACAAGAUGUUUUAUCCCCGUAUGUACAUGAAAAAGUUCAACAUGUCAUAUCUGGUUAUAAGGAUAUUUUUAAUGCAAUACCCUAUACUGACAAAAAGAGGGUAGAGAAUAUAGAUAGCAAAAUCUCAAUGUCGUUGAAAGAUAUGUUGGGUCUUAUUCAAACCUUCUCCAUGUACCAGACUUUUCUUAGUUUUGAACCUGAGAAAGCAAAAGAUUUAGUGAAGACAACUGAACAGAGGUUUCUGGAAAUCAUGCAGGUCUCUUCCUCUGAGGAAAUAAUAGAGUUACGGCUGAAUAAUGUUUGUGUACUAGCUUCCAAACCUGAGUAAAGAUUGAAAAUGUGAAUGACCUCAUAUCACUUUGCUUAAAAACCUAUGAUGACUCUAGUUUCACUCUGGUGCACCGAAUGUUGCUUGAGAAUAUCACAUUUUAAAUUCAGUAAACCAUUUGGUAAUUUCAAUGAAAUACUUUUAUCACAAUAGUUCUCAAAUGAAAGUUUAAAUAAAAUUAAAUGAAAUAAAGAAUAAUUCUUAAUAAUACA